AUGGCAGCGACGACGUCGGCGACGCCUUCUUCUUCCACUUGGGCCUCUUUUUGUGGCGAUGGCGGCCUUUAUGUGAGUAGCAAUUUGUAGCAGAUGAGAUAUAUUGCUCACUGAGCCAAUCAUUCUUAAUUUUGAGUACUUAUGUCCAAUUCACAAGGCGAACUCCCAUAAACUCCCUAGUAAUGAGACUGAGAAGUCAUUUUAGUUUUUUUUUUCUGAAUUUGAGGUUCGUAAUCUUGCUUUGCGGAUAGAAUAAGACAAGGUUGUGUCUCAAAAAAAAAGUUAGAGGUUUAUAAAAAAAAAUUAGCCCAAUGGAUCGAGAAAACGUCUUUUUCAAGUUUUAAAUAACAGUCUUUCAAUGGAAGCUUUUUUUCGUCAGCUGGUUCUGAAAGAAGAAAAAUCGCGAGAAGAUUCAAAUUUGAACAUUCUUCGGUUUUUUUUUUUCUAUAUUCAACUUUUUGAGAUUUUUCCUUUUGUAGUUAAAAUGCAGGAUCUUCUUCAUGAAUUCAAGUGAUGUCUCGGUCAGAGUAAUUAUGGGUGAUUAAAAAUAACCUCUGACUUUUCAAAAUCUUCUGCAUCUUUGCUUACCUCCGACAGUCCUUUUUCUUUUGCCAAAUACUUUCGAAAGGCUGAACAGGAUACAAGGUUGGAGAUGAUCCAAAGAACAUGUUUCAGAGCGAGCCAUUCUCGACGGGUGUCCCGAACUUGUCGAUCUGCGCCCAACACACGAUCCUCGUCUACGCGCCCACGGCCUUUUUCUUGCUCACAUUGCCGUUUCUCGUCGCCCAGUGUCACCUAAAUUCCAAACGAUUCCCGCCCCUGCCCUACAGUGGCCUGCUUCUCAUUAAAGUGGUAAGGAAAGAUUGCAAAGCCUGAUGAAAUUCCGCUCUUUUUAUCAUGAGAAGCUUGAUUUUAAGCGAAUAAAGCACUAUGUGGCUUACACGACGAUUGAUGUAAAGAGAAAUUUACAAUGAUUCUUGACAGAUAUCUUCUUUUUUUCCACAUAAAAAAAGCUUUCUGAUCUUUUUUUCACUUUUUUAAAAAAAUUUUUGGCUUGUUUCGGAUACUGAAAUAAAAAAAUUUUUACAGUUUUCAUCAGGCAAGUCAGCUGAGAAAGGAUUAAUUUUGAGUUUCUGACAAUUUCCGCUGAUUUAAAUGAUACUUAUAUAUAUAUAUAUAUAUAUAUAGAAAAGUAGGAGACUUGAUCGAACGUUCUAUAAUGUUAUUUGACUUAUCGCCCGAAUUUUCAAGACAAAAAAAAACGUUUUUUUUUUAAAUUUAUUUUAUACACAAACCGUUUUUCAGUUCUUGUCUCUAUUUAUAUCAGCGAACUCGUUAUUUGUAUGGUGUUUCAUCGUUUUCGGAUGGAAAUCUUAUCCGACUGCUUAUUUUAUUUAUCCACCCAUGUGGACUUUUACAUUUGUGAGUUUUCUUUGCUUGUGAAAUGAGGGAAUUUUGAAGUUCUAGGCGGCCACGGCAGUGAUCCACUUUGUGAGGCUACGUUGUGGACUUGUCUCAUCUGGAGUUCAACAUAUUUCCGCCCUUCUUUUCCUGAUUUGCGGGGCUCCGGAGCUUUAUCAGUGGAUUCGAGCUGGAAACGAUGUUCGUGGCCUUGAUUUUAAGUCCUAAUGUGCGAAAUUUUGAAGUCUUUCGAACCUUGAAUGGAUAUACAGAAAAAAACAUUUUUCAAACUUCAUUUAUUACUUAUAAUUUUUUUGGGGAUCAAAAAUUCCUUUCUAGACUUAAAAUUCAUUUAGAAUUGAAUUAUAGGCCGUGAAUUUUCAUGAUUUUUAGGUCCUCUAUCAUCUCCUGGAACUGGGGAAUUUUUCAGGAUCAUAAAGUCCUCACUUCGACACUUUCGAUUGCCUAUUUUUGUUGGUACGGAGCGCUUUUUGUGUAUUGCUUCGCCCUGUGCUUUGCUGAUCCAAGGAGACGAGGCAAAGGCGAAACGGUUCGUCAUUUUUUAAUCAAACUAUACGAGCUAUAGGGCUACUUUGAAAAAACAGCUUAGUUGGCCAAAAACAAACGGAGAGCUAUUUAGUUCCUUCCAGUUAACUUUCAAUACUCUUAGAAUACUCUCGAUUAAGAAUUUCGAAUGAAAUUAGUUUGUAAGUUUCCGAGGAGAUGAUUCAAAGCGCAUACUCUUCAAAUUGUUUUCCCAUUUUUUUUUAACUCAGAAAAUUUCGUGAACCGCACUUGGGAACCUUUCUCGUGUAGAAUGUCAAUUAUGCUCUCGUUCGCUGCUUGUCACGUUUUUUCAACGAAAACCUGAAAAAUACUGACAUGAAUAAGUAGAUUAGGAAAAGAAUUAUUUCUAAAACUCCAGGCGCAGUCCCCCGAACUCGACAGCUCAUUUUUGAACCGUCUGACGCUUUGGUGGUUCAAUGAGAUUCCCUGGAAAGGUGCCAAACGCGAUUUGGAGGUUGAAAAAAGGAAUGAGUAUACAAAAACGUUGAAAUGCAGCCGGAGGAUGUGUUCGAUCUGAACGAAGGCAGCAAAACGAAGCAUCUCUGCGAUUUGUGGGAGCAGUUUUGGGAGCCGCGACGGCAAGGUUCAUAUUUGAUCUGAAGAUUUUGAUUUUCACCACGAUAUUUUCAGAAUAUGUGCUGCAAAAAAGUGUGUGGAAGCGAGAUAAAAAGUUCGUUGUUGACACGUUUUUUCCUUUAUUAGUUUAUUUGAAUGGUUUUCAAACUUCAUUCCAUUCUAUAAUUGGGAGAGAUUUUUAUUUUUUCAAAAAAAAAACUUUUUGAACCGCCAUGAAACAUGAAUUUUUUUUCUAUGAAAAUCCCGUUGGUUUUUAGGAUUUCACAUACAUUCCAGGGAUAACUGUGAAUCAAAAAAUUUUACAAACGAGUGAAAAAAAAAGUUCAAGCGAGGGGACCAGACCAGUCUAAUUAUUGGUACAAAAAUCUUCCAAAAGUCGGUAAUUUUUUUCUAUUCCUGAGAUAAAGUUCCAUUUUCGUAUAUACAAGGGUUUUACAAACAAGAAACCCUUCUCAAAUCUCAGGGAAAGAUGAAAUUUUCACCGUUUUCUAAGUCGUAAAUUUUUGUUAUAGACGAAAUCUUUUUUGUUUUUAUUUUUCUACAGAAAAUUUUUUUCUUUUACUCAUUUUAACAUUUUUCAAAAAAAUUUCGAAGAAAAAAAAUUGAAGUUUUUCUUCCAGUGAUCCCGGAAAUAAUUGGGAGAAUAGGUUGGUAUUUUGCAAAAAAAUUUCCUGAAAAAGGGUCGGGGGCCCUGAAAUUUGGUCUACCCAUGUAUGUUUUAAUAUGGUGACAGAAGUAAAAUCACAAAAUGUAUCUUUCUUCGCAAUGAAAUUUCCUUUAUUUGAACCUUCGUUUUAAGGAUCUUUCCCUUUUUUUUCGAACCUUGAUGUUUAUAGUCCUCAAAACAUCAAGUGCAAAAAUUUUGAAAUUAAAAAAAAAAGAUAAAUCGAAAAUUGUUUUGUUAAUUCAGUGACACGAAAAAGGUUCCAUUGCCAUCGGUGGUCGGAACACUUUUCCGAAUGUUCCGAUGGGAAUUUCUGCUCGCCACGGCCCUCAAGUUCACUUCCGACACUCUGCAGUUCGCCAGCCCUUUCUUAUUGAAGUUUAUCAUUAUUUUUUUGUUCAAAGAUUAACUAAAAAGUGUGAACAACUUUGGAUAGGUUUUUCGGAAUUUUAGCGCUUCCCCUAAGUUUGAAAAAAAGCUUUUUGAAGUUGCCACUUGGCGCUACAAUUAUUUUUUUGAUUGAUAGUUUCAAAUUGAGUGAGACUUUCUUAUUUAUUCAAAACUCAAAAUUCAAGUUUCUGAUGUUUUGCUCUCGUCCAAGGUAUCAAAUUUGUUUUCAGCGAACUGAUCGGCUUUGUUUCCGACUCGAAUGCCCCUUUUUGGAAGGGUUUCGCCUACAGUAUUCUCAUGUUUUCUAGUUCAGAGGUCUUGCAGCGAAAUUACGGAAAAUUAGAUCUUGUUUUGUAGUUGCGAUCAUUUUUGCUCAAUGGCUAUUUUUAUAUCAUGUUCCGGAUGGGUAUCAAAAUACAGACUGCUAUGACUGCGGCGGUUUACAAGAAGGUUUUGGCUGAAAAUCAACUUUUGUAAAGUUUUUUUUGUGAAAAUUAGACUCUUUACUUGUCGAAUGCCGCGAGAAGAGAGAAAACGGUCGGGGAGAUUGUCAAUUUGAUGGCGAUCGAUGUGGAAAGAUUCCAAUUGAUCACCCCCCAAAUUCAGCAAUUUUGGAGCUGUCCUUAUCAGGUGAUUAUCAAAAAAGAUAAUUAAGAAAAAAUAAUUCAUCAAUUUUUAAGAUCACCUUUGCAUUGGUUUACCUGUUCUUCACUCUGGGCUAUUCUGCGAUUCCUGGCGUCGUGAUUAUGCUCAUUUUCGUACCCAUGAACAUUAUCAGCUCGAUGGUCGUUAAGAAGUGGCAGGUAAUUGGAAAUAAAACGUCGCACUUGGAAUGGCUCGAAAAGUCGCGAUUUGUAACCGCCUUGAUUUUUGUCAGCUUCCACGUUUUUUGAUGCACCAGCGCUCUGGUAGGCCACAAAGCGAGCCUAUCACGCGUGAAGCCAUUCCGCGUGCGACCUCAAAAGUUUAGAGAGUAAAAAAUUGAAUUUUUGGCUACAUUUUCAGUGUUUUUCUCUACCAUUUCACCGAAAAACCACUUUUAAAAGUUAUUUUUCGCUACUUCAAUUUUUACUGUAAUCACUUUUCUACUGAUCUGCGCUCCUGAAUAUUAAAAAAAAAUUUGAAAACUAUUUUGAACAAUAGUAGGACCAGUAAGACUGCAAUGAUGGAUAUAAUUUUUGUUAAUUUUUCAUUUUAACCUUUCUCUAAUACGGCGAUUUCUUUUUAAAGAUGCAACAAAUGAAAUUGAAAGACGAGAGGACGAAAAUGGUCAACGAGAUUUUGAAUGGAAUCAAGGUUUUUUUUUCUUGUUUUUGAUCAUUAAUGAAUUGAUUUUCAGGUCGUGAAAUUGUAUGCGUGGGAGAUACCGAUGGAGGAAUAUAUUGAGCGAAUCCGAGAGAAAGAACUCGAACUCAUUCGAAAAAGUUCGACCGUCAGAAACAUUUUGGACUCUUUCAACACUGCCAGUCCUUUCAUGGUUGAUUUCGAUUAAUUUGAAAAACUAAUGGCUUUUUUCAGGUAGCUCUAUUUUCUUUCGGAACAUUUGUACUCUCCGAUUCUUCCCACAAACUUACGCCUCAGGUCGAGCUCUCCGAUUAUCUUCCAUCAUUUUUAUCACUUUUUUUUCAGAUUGCUUUCGUUUCCUUAACUUUAUUCAACCAACUUCGAUCGCCAAUGACCAUGAUCGCAUUGCUCAUCAAUCAAACUGUUCAAGUUUAUCUGAAAAAAACAUUUUUCCUAUCAAUAAUGUGUUUAUUUCGAUUAGGCGGUCGUUUCCAACAAACGACUGAAGGAAUUUUUGGUCGCCGACGAGUUGGAUUUCGGUUCCAUCGAUCGCAGUGAAAAUAUCGAGCGUAAGGGAUUUUCAUUUUUGAAAAAUAUUGGUUCCGAAAGGAACUUGCGAGGUUUUAAGUCAUUUUUAAAGUUUUCAAGAAUUUGGGAAGAUUUGGUAAAGUUUAUGGAAAUGAUUUAAAAAAAUUUCUCUUGAAUGGCAUUUUGACACUUCUAAAGAACAUCUUACAACUAUUCUUUUGAAUCCUUAAUUUUUCCUUAAAUUUAACCUCAAACGGAUACUGUAGGAGUUUUUAGUUACUUUGAAAGAAAAAAAUAUGUAUAGUUUAAUUUGAUUGGCUGGAUUUUAAAAGAAGAAGAUAGUGUAAAAGUCUUGUAAGCAAUAAAUUAAGACUCUUUCCGUCUUUUUAAGUCGCAGAAAUAUUCAUUGAACUGACGAAAACAUCAAAGAAAAAAUAGCUUGUUCAGUACAGCUUUUACGAGUUGUCCCUAGAAGCGCGAAAGAUCUUUUAGUAUAAAUAUCUUUGUUACGCUUCGAAAAGAUCGAAUAAGACUUGCUGAACGGACAUUUCAGGCUCGCCGAACGCUGUGCGCGUCGAAGAUUUCACUGCGUCUUGGGACGACGACGAAAAUCGCAAGCCAACUUUGGAAGACAUCGACCUUUUGGCUCCGAGAAAUUCGCUCAUCGCUGUCGUUGGCAAAGUUGGCAGCGGGAAGAGCAGUCUUUUGUCGGCUCUUCUAGGUUUUUCAAUGGAUAUUUAGUGCCUAAGAAAAGUCAGUCCAUAAGUGGGAGAAUCAUUUUCUCCCUAACUUGAUUUCAACACUACCUUACUGAGAUUGAAACUCAUAUUUAAUUUUAUCAAAACUAACUACGUGAGGUUCAAAGCAUUUUUUUUAUUUUUAUUUUCUCAAACUUUUCUGAUUGAGCUCUACAUUUGCCCGUGUGACCCUCAGCCUUUAAGUUUAAAAACAAAAAAGAUAGUUUUUAUGAGAAAAACAGAAAAGUUCAGGGAGGUCAAUGAAUGGACAACUUUGAAACUCAGAGCUUUAUUUUUGUAAGUCCAGUCAUACCUCACGAAAAUUUGAGAUUUUUUUUUCGCAGAACCAAGUUUCAAAGCACUUAUUGAGGACUUAGUUUUUGUGGACCUGAAAUAAUCAAGACUGUAGAAGAAGAAAAAAAGCAGAAAAUUUGAGGCGAGAUGGGAAAACUUCGAGGAAAGAUUGGCGUGGCCGGCCGGGUCGCCUACGUUCCUCAGCAGCCUUGGAUCCAAAACAUGACCGUCCGCGACAAUAUCGUCUUUGGAAGACCUUUCGACAAGAAACGCUACGAUUCGGUGAGGAUUCCAGGAUUUUCUUCGAACCUUUAUCACGGAGUUCAAAAUAAUCGCUUCAAAAAGGCCAUUUAUUGAAACUUAAGAAGGGUUUUUUUUUUUCUGAAAAAUUGUAAUUUCUCAGGUUCUGUUUGCCUGUGCUCUCAAGCCAGACCUCAAAAUCCUGCCCGAGGGUGAUCAGACGGAAAUCGGUGAAAAGGUGCUGCUUUUUCGGAUUUUUUCCUGAAAUUCAGUGAUUUUUUAGGGUAUCAACUUGUCCGGUGGUCAGAAAGCUCGUGUUUCUUUGGCCCGGGCCGUUUAUCAAAACUUGGACGUUUAUCUGUUGGAUGAUCCUUUGUCGGCUGUGGACGCCCAUGUUGGAAGACACAUUUUCGAACAGGUCUCGAAUCGAAAUCCGAACUUUUCGCUGAAAAUUGGGAAAUAGAAGGGCCGCAACGCGUACGCGUCGCUUGAUACAACUAAAAUAGUCUAAAAUUGCCGCGUUUGGAAUGUUUUUUUAAGAUCUCUGAGCCCCACAUCAUUUCAGAAAUUCAAAUGAUGACCAAAAUUCCUGAAUUUUCUCCUAUUCUUUUUGACUUUUAUAAAGAAUAGUGUUGAGCGUGUGAAUGUUUACGAUGAAAACAGGAAGACUUAUCUUUAUAUAAAUUUGAUGUUUGACAACAGCUAGAAAAUAAAGUUAGAAAAAAAAGACAAAAAUAUGUUCAGGUCAUUGGACCAAACGGCCUUUUGCGGUCAAAAACCCGAAUUUUGGUGACCCACGGAUUGACGUAUACCAAGUUCGCCGACGAAAUUGUCGUUCUUGAAGGUGAAUUUUUUUUAGAUCCUCUUGAAUCUUGAUAUGACGGUUUACCGAUUUUGAAAUGUCCAAAAAACUUUUAAACGAAAAACUGUUCAGAUGGCGAGAUCGCUGAAACAGGAACCUACUCGACGUUGAUGCGAAACCGAGGCGCAUUCUUCAACUUUGUCGAGGAGUACAAAUCAACUGGAUCUGAUGAUUCUGACGCCGGAUCAACUGAGAACCUUGAAAUCAUUGAAACAUCUGGUUUUUGUGCCUUUCGGCCUGGAAAUGUUGAGUUUCUCCUUCAGAUUUCACGCAGAUCGACGACAUCGCCAUGGGAAUUUCAGCUGAGAUCGAUGAGAUGGAACUUGCAAAGUCUUCAUUUGUUUUUGGAUUUGGGAAAAUAUUUGAGAAUUCAGCUCGCCGACCAACAAAUCGGUGCCUUUUACUUCGCAAGUAUCUUCCUUGUCAGUUUCUGCAAAAUCGCCUCUCGAAGGAGGACCUCAAACCGCGACCAAGUUGAUCAAAAAGGAGGAUGUCGCCAUGGGCAAGGUGUGUAAGUGGAAGAAUGAAGUAUGAAAAACAGAAAAACAUGUUUCCUUUAGCGUUUUCUUUCUUGAAAUUUUUGUUUGUCUGUAAAACCUGUUAUGAAGACAAUUAUGAUACAGUACACUACCUCACGCUUCAGAAGGCUCACCAUUCACCUUCAAAACAGUAGGAAGCCGAAUUUUGAAGGCUGGAAAAAAAAAAUGAAUUUAGAGCUAUCAAGUAGACUGCGACUCAAAACAUUCGUUUUAAAACUAAUAGGCUCCUCAAUUUUCGAUUCAAUCUCUGAAAAAGUUGUUCAAGUACCAAUUUGCAACAAAUCAAGUUCAAAACUACGUUUUUUUCUAACUUUUUUUUUUCAAAAUUAGAGUAUUUCAGGUGAAAAUGUCGGUCUACAAGCUGUACGUGAAGGCUUCGACUUACCUUCUGAGUAUUUUGUUCAUCGUGUUCUUCGUUUUGUUCAUGACUUUCCAAUGCCUCCGGAGUUUCUGGCUCUCGGCCUGGUCCAACGAAAAUGAUCCCGAAAAUCCGUCGCCUCAUCCACUUUCCAUCGCCGAAAGACUUGGCGUCUACGGAGCCUUGGGUGUUACGGAAUGUCCGUUUUUCCUUUUGACUGGAGAGAAUUCUUGAAAAAUGAUAUGUAACAAACCUCGGUUCCCAUAAUUCAUCUUUCGGAUCAAAAAUCCGUUUCAAAACAACUUUUUUUUCCACCAAGAAAUGUUUCAGUGGCUCUGCCCCUUCGAACCUUCCUACAAGAAUAAGGCUUUGCAUAGAACUGUGUAUCCAUUUGAUCUAAAAGCCGAAGUUUUAAUAUUUCAUAUCUCGGAAAGAAGUUUUAAAAAUAUGAUCCGUGUAAGGAUGUGCAAAACGCAGAAGUUUUAACAAAAGUCGAAAAGUUUUCUAGCGAUGGAAGAAAAAAUCGGAAAACUCUCUGAUAAUCACGAACAAAAGACGAUAAACUUUAUAUUUUCAGCCGCCUGUUUUUUCGUUUCUCUGGUAACGCUGGUCUACACGGGUCUUCGAGCUUCGCGGAAUCUCCACGCCCCUUUAAUCCACAAUUUGCUCCGAUCGCCCAUGUCUUUCUACGAUACGACACCUCUAGGAAGGAUUCUGAACCGAUGCGCAAAGGCAAAAUUGUCCAGUGUAUCCCCCUGAACAUUUUGGCUUCUUUUCCAGGACAUUGAAGUGAUCGAUAUGCUUCUCCCGUUGAACUUUCGCUACCUUGUCAUGUGUUUCCUACAGGUUGAGGAAAAAGAAACGAUACAGAUUUUGAGAUGAGAUUUUCAAGGUAUUUUUCACACUCAUCGUUAUAGUCAUCUCGACGCCUCUCUUUGCCGCGGUCAUCGUCCCACUCGCCUUUAUUUACUUGAUGUUUUUGGUGAGUCUGGCUCUAAAGUCGAAAAAACAAUGGUUUUCGCAUAUGUUAGAUGUGAAAAUUUUCAUAUUCUUUGAAAUUUUGAUCCAGUGACACACUCGAUCGCCUGAAAAUCUCCUUAGUUAACAACAAAAAGAGUUUUAAAAAAUUUGGAACACUGGGGAAUUUUUUUUAACUGAACAAAGGAUCUUCUAUGAUCUAACCAAACCUUUUUUUUCAAAAUUUUUUCCAGCGUUUCUACGUGCCGACGUCGCGACAACUGAAACGGCUGGAGAGCGUCCAUCGGUCGCCUAUUUAUUCGCAUUUCGGUGAAACGAUUCAGGGCGCCGCCUCGAUUCGAGCUUUCAAUAAGGCAAGGCUUCUCCGAGCAAUAACUGUCGAAAUAGUCAGAUUUUGAGUGCUCUAGCGCUUUUUUUCUAAAGGAAAAAUAUGUUUCUUCAAUCCUUUCCGCAAAGAUAUGACGUCCCCAAUUUGACCCACCCUUACAAGGUUACAAGUUGAGCUUUUGAAGCGUCGUAACUUCGAAAAUUUGAAAAUUGAUUUAAAAAAGGGUGCCGCAAGUUUCCAACGAAACCUCAAAAGUUGGCCAUUUUGACAACCCUUUCAAGUAGAGAAAUUUCUUUAAUUUCCAAUUUAGGUUGACGAGUUCCGAGCUCAUUCGGGUAAGAUUGUCGACGCGUUUAUCCGCUGUAAAUACGCAAAUACGGUUUCGAAUCGUUGGCUGGCCGUUCGACUCGAGUUUGUUGGAAACUGCAUUGUUAGUUUCCGAAAUUAUCCUAAGGAAAAGGAAGAAGAUUUAUAAGCAGAAGUCGCAGUCUGCCUAUUCUUCGUUACGCCUUCAGACCUUCAAAAUAGAUUUUUUCCAGAUCUUCUUCGCCGCCCUUUUCGCUGUGCUUUCCAAGGAGUUUGGCUGGUCUGACAAUGCGGGUGUCGUCGGCGUCUCCAUCUCUUAUGCUCUCAAUGUUUGAUUUUUUCUCCAUAAUUAUUUCAAUUUGAAAAAAACAAGAUCGACAUUUGUUUCUCUUUUUCACAACGAAUCUUUAAAAAUAUUUAAUGAAAAGAGUUUUUUAGAUUUUUCAUGAAAUUUUGAUUUUUUUUUACUGACAGAAUGUGUCGUCAAUUAUUUACAAGGAUCGAUUCUACAAAAAACCAUUACAGAUAACCGAAGUGCUGAAUUUCGCCGUCAGACAAGUUAGUGAAAUCGAAGCGAAUAUUGUCGCCGUUGAACGGGUCAACGAGUACACGGUCACGCCGAAUGAGGUUGGAUUCUUUGAGCUUUUCCCGUGAAACCGUAGAAUCGUUUAAAGGCGGAAUGGAAGGUCGAAGGAUCGGAGCCAAGUCCGAAAUGGCCGGAGAGCGGCGUCGUCCAAUUUGUGGAUUACUCCACGCGGUUCGUAUUUUUAUUCCCCCGAUAAAUGAAUCGAUCGCAGUUCUAGUUUGGAAAGACAUCACUAAUUAUAAAAAUAACCGAAUAAAAUGAUUUUCAGUUAUCGCGAAGGCCUCGAUUUGGUCUUGAAUGGAAUUUCUGCGAAUGUGCGCGCUGGCGAGAAGAUUGGCAUCGUUGGACGGACCGGAGCUGGUUCGUUCGAUUUUUUCAUGAUUUUUGAUCUUUUGAGACCAAUUUCUGAAUUUAUCUAUUGCAAAUUUCAGGAAUUGAGUGGUAUGAUGGUGAGUUCGGUUGUUGUGAUUGGUCGUGACGUUAGAAAAAUUAAAAAAAAGCCUUAGAGGCCCCAAUUUUUCUUCCGUCUUUCGAAAUAAAUCAGCAAUAAUUGUCAUAAGUCCUAUUCCAUAACUAGAUCUAUAAAUUAUCAGGAAUUUUCUGAGCUCUUCAAAUGAAUAAAAAAAAUAGUCACAUGAUUUCAUAUACAGUGCGUCAGGAAAGAUACGAAAAAAUAACUUUCUGAUCCCGAAUUUCUUGUAUGGAGUUCAGUCUUUCAAAAACUUGAUCGAGUGAUAACUAAUAUUUGUAACAGAGUUUUGAGAGUUCAGCUUCCAGAAGAAAGAACAAAAAUUCAUAAAGUUUCAAAAAUAAUGAGCUUUAUACAACAAAUUUGUGAUCAAAAAGUGUAUUUUUUGGACCCAACUGUAUUUAAUGACGCAUUUUUGAGCCUUGAAAGCUCGCUUCAACGAACUAUUUUCUGAUCGGCUUGCCUCGUAGGAUUUGUGAAACGAUCAGUGAUGUGGUUAUUUAAAGUUCUCAUAGGUUGAGCAAAAUUAGUCACUUCACUUCAGGUAAAUCUUCGUUUGCACUGGCACUGUUCCGAAUGAUCGAACCGGCUGGGGGUAGAAUCAUCAUUGAUAACGUUGAUGUUUCGACUAUUGGCUUGCACGAUCUGAGGUCGAAUAUCACGAUUAUACCUCAGGUGAUUCAAUUGAACAUUUUCUCUUCGUUAUAAAAGCCUAUUAUUUUCCUAACGCCUUUGAGCGGCGACCCAAGUCGAUUAGCCGAGGUGCUAUCCUGAUAUCAGUGUUAAUCAGUAGACUGUCUGCACUGAAAUAUCUGCCCUUGUGUGUGACGGCUUGGGAUUUCGAAGUCGUGGUUUCCCGCUACCAACAUUUCUUAAACCUCUUGGUUUAGGGGGGGGAUCGAACUUGUAACCCUUUGAACCGUAGACAGGCCACAACCUGUUGCGCUACGCCGUUCUUCUAGAUUAAAGAAAACUAGUCUAAUUUCAUUCUGAAAAGCAGUUCUUACUUUUCCUCUUCCAGGACCCAGUGCUGUUCUCUGGAUCGCUUCGCUUCAACUUGGAUCCUUUCUCGCGGUACACCGACGAGAUGAUCUGGCGCGCUCUCGAAUUGGCCCAUCUGAAGACGUUCGCCGCAAAUCUUCCCGGAGGUCUCGCCUACGUCAUCAGUGAGGCGGGAGAGAAUAUCAGGUGUGUUGAAUGGAAAAUACACUAAAUCGUUACGAAGACUUCAGCAAUCAGAAUGAAAACACACCAUCGAAAACCGAACCUCCGAAAGUGAAACUUAAAGGAAAUUUAGCGAGUUAGCCAAUUUUUGCAAAAAUAUUUUACAUUUUGAAAUUUUUAGCUUUACUAAUGAAAGCUAAAUUCUGUAAUUUUAAUUAGAUAGUCCUCCUUGAAGGAUAAUCAAUUUUCAAUGCCAGAUAGUUUCUUUUUCAACUUUUUAAGGCGACACCAAUCAGUUGCAAAAGGCUAGAAAAAGCUUCUUUCAGUGUUGGCCAACGACAACUGGUUGCUCUGGCGAGAGCCCUGCUUCGACAUACUAAAGUGCUGGUUUUGGACGAGGCGACGGCUGCCGUCGACGUUGCCACGGAUGCUCUCAUUCAAGUGAUUCCCAUCCUCCUUUAAUAGAAUCCUGAACUUUACAUCAGGCAACGAUCCGAGAACAGUUCGACAAGUGCACAGUUUUCACGAUCGCCCAUCGACUCAACACCAUCAUGGACUACGAUAGGUCAGUUGGAAUAAUCAAAAUGGGAAAAACGACAAGUUUCGACGUCACUAGCGCAUCAUCUCUAGAUUUCGGCGCGCCUCCCCCUGAAAUUCUAUAUUGUUUUAAAAUCCUGAGACGUCAUAUUAUGUCACUUAAAAAGGGUUUCGUAAAAAAAAGACAAACAUAUAACCUGUUCACGGCUGGUCUGGUACAAGAAAAAAAAUCAAAAAUAUCUGCGUCUCCAAAAGUCAACCCCUAUUUUACUUUUAUCGUGUCAAGACCUUUUCCCCUGAUUGGAUCAAGCCAGAGAGAUGGCAAAUCAGCUCAGAAUAAUAGCCGCUCAUAAAAUAGUUAAGAAAAAAUAUCACAGGCUAACAACCUAAACAGGAUAGCCACCGCAGGGUCUCGAUUUGCUCAAUCGUUGGUUUGAACUUUUUACGGCUAUUUCAAGGCUUUUUUCACUGCGGCUUUUUUUCACGAGCUGUUCUGUCUUCUUCCAUGAACAGGCUAUGUGCAGGGAAGAAAAAGCUGAAAUAACGGGAUGAUUGUGAAGGAUAAUGGUGCUGGACAAGGGCCAAAUCAGCGAGUUCGACUCGCCGAACGUCCUUUUGGCCAACAAGGAAUCGGCCUUUGCCAAGAUGGUCGCAGAUUCGAACAACGAAUCCGCCGAAAAAUAG